GAAGUCGGUAGACAUUCCAUCGACGUCGUGCCGACGGACUAGAUUGGAAAGGAUUCCCCGCCCCGGCAAUGGCCUCGCAUCUUGCAGACGUGCAGCAUGUUGCAUGGUUCACAUACGCAUCCCGAAGGAAAAAACGAGUACCUAUAGGACGAUAUAAAUGGCGAUCAUCGGAAGAUACUUCGUGGGAAUUGUCCGUACGACGAGCUGCAAUGGUUCAUAUACACGAGUGAUGCCUUGUACGAGUGGGGAGUGGCACCAAGGGACUGCAUGUUCAUACGAAUGUCAUCAUACGGUCGAAGCGGGAAGUAACGGACGUAUAUCACGUACGGAUGUCGUAGCUGAACUGGCAGAGAGUCUGCCACUGGCAGUUCUACCAAAAAAUAAUAAUAUGAUGAGAUUUUCCGGAGUUGAAUUUUAUAAUAGCGGAAAUUCCAGCGAGGCAAGAAACGAUGUCAGGCGCAUCGCACACCUACUGCGUCUACGCCGACGCGCAUAGAACCGCAUGAUAAUCGGUCAGCUACGGCAGUAUAAGGCCAUCAUUCGCCGUUGCAAUCUCAUGUGGCGAGUGGCGUCGCCUGUGGC